GAAUCUUUGUCGAUCGUAAAAGCAGUUCACAAUUAAUAGUGGGCCAUACUCCGCAUUUUGAUCAGCUGUUUUGUCCCUUGAAGACCGCGCUAUUGGGCUUAAUAUGCAGACUUCAAUUCCUUGGAGAACAUUAUAGCAACUUCGUAUAUAUCACAAUGGCAACAGGAAAGCGAUCUGGUGGAUUAAAUUUUCAUCAACAUUUGGUGACUAUUGCUGUGUCUUUUGGAUCCCUGACAUAUGGCUAUUCAUCCUCGAUUAUCGGAAGCACAAUAGGGCAACCUGGGUGGUAUUCCUUCUUCAACCUGCCCAGCGAAGGACAGCCUGGCUACGGGACCACGACCACCAAUGCAAUUGCAACGGCAAAUGGGCUAUACAGUGCCGGUGGUGCCGUCGGUAGUAUCUUCAUCAUGUGGUCUGCUAGUGCUAUUGGACGUAAAAGAAAUAUUCAACUAGGUUCUCUUCUGGUUUUGCUGGGAGGGGCUCUACAGGCUGGAGCUGCCAACCUAAACAUGUUUCAAGCUGGCCGCUUUAUAGCAGGACUUGGUGUCGGAAUUCUCGUCACCAUAUGUCCAAUGUAUCUAUCUGAAAUAUCUCCUCCACAAAACCGGGGGUUCCUAGUUGGACAUCAUGCUAUUUUCCUUGUAUUUGGGUACAUGCUUAGUGCUUGGCUUGGCUUUGCUUGCUACUUUGCAACGGAGAAAAAUCCUUCAUUUGCAUGGCGAUUUCCUUUGAGCAUGCAGUGUUUCGGUCCCUUUGUAUUGUUCCUAUCGUCCAUUUUCAUUACAGACUCAUCUCGCUGGCUCCUCCAGCAAGGGAAACCAGAGGAAGCUUGGUCGGUGUUGAAAAAAGUAAGAUCAGAUCCAGACGAUCCAGACGAUCUCGCCAUCAGAGAAGAGAUGUACCAAAUAAAGCAACAGUUAGCUCUUGAGCAAGCAAAACUUCAAGCCGCAGGAUGCGGCCCGUGGACUGCCGUUAUCAAGAAGAGCAGCUACCGAAAACGAAUGAUCAUCGGCUUUUUGACUCAGUGGGGAGCUGAGUUUGGUGGGCCUCUUGUCAUUAAUAAUUAUUUCGUCAUUUUGUGCACAAAUUUGGGUCAGACAGGCUAUAUGCCACUACUUCUUUCCGCGCUUUGGCUUACCACAGCUGGUCUAUUCUAUAACCCCUUUGGAGCUUGGCUUCACGAUCAGGUGAACUCUCGUCGGUGGAUGUUCAUUAUCGGCUUCAUUGGUUGUUUAGUGACAACUUCUGGUCUCGCUGGAUGCAUCGCUCAGUAUUCUGGAACUUCCAACAAGGCUGGAAACGCAGCCGGCCUUUUCUUCAUCUUUCUCUACCUUGCGUUUCAAGGAACUUGUUGUGAUACAACAAUGUAUCUCUAUAUCAGCGAGAUUUUUCCAAUGGAGAUCCGCGGCAUUGGUAUGGGGUUUUCUCUCUUUGGACAAUUUGCAGCAACACUUGUCCUGUUACAAACAGCGCCCAUUGGAAUCCAAAAUGUGGGUUGGAAAUACUACUUAGUCAUUAUAUGUUGGUGCAUCUUCUUCAUACCCGUUGUUUACUUCUUCUGGCCCGAAACAGCACGCCUGUCUCUGGAAGAAAUCGCCUCUCAAUUUGGCGACGACGUUGCGGUCCAAAUUCAUGGACUUCCAGAGGACCAGCGUCGGGAGUUGGACGAAUUCCUUAGAGAAAAGGAUAUAACCCACAUAGAAGAAGUCGUCCAGCCAUAA